CUGAUUUAUAAAGAGGAUAGUUGUUAGUUCUCGAUUUGAAAACAAUUUUCAAUAUUAAAAAAUUAAAUAAAUUUCUUUUUAGUAUUUUGCAUAUUUUGCUGUUUUGAAAAUUAUAAAAAAUGUCAAGUCCUACAUCAUCUUUAAGAACUCCGAAUCGGGGUAAUAAAACUCCAACAAGAAAUAGAAGUCAAUCAUCACUAUCUUCUUCGCAACAAGAUACUCCUAUGAGAAUGGGACCAAAUGCUACUAACAAUGACAACAUUAGCAUAUCUCAAACAUCCCCAAACCGCACUUUACCACCAACAAGUCCAGGAAGAUUUGGUAGUAAUAUGAGUGAAAUUGAUUUAAGCUCUCCUCUGAAUUAUGGAACACCUAGCUCAAUGGGUUCUGUCCGUACUCCAAGGUCUGGCAUACGUGGUACACCAGUACGAGUACGGCCUGAUAUCAGAUCAGACAAAAGAAUGCGUCAAGUUUCUGUCGGAUUAAACGAAAACCUUCAAUCUAUCCCUGAAAGUGAGCAAGAUCUUCAAUCUGAAUCGUCAACUGCACCUCAACUGGUUAUUUGGGGUACAAAUGUAAUUGUAAGCCAAUGUAAAACAAAGUUCAAAAAUUUUUUAUUACGUUAUAUUGAUCCUGCUGCAGAACAAGAUGAGAUAUCUGAAAGUAUAGAUUUAAACCAACCAUUGUAUAUGCAGAAAUUAGACGAAAUCCAUACACUUGAAGAGCCUUAUUUGAAUAUUAAUUGUUCUCAUUUGAGAACGUUUGAUGAAGGUCUUUACAAACAACUAAUUUGUUACCCACAAGAAGUGAUUCCAUCUUUUGAUAUGGCAGUAAAUGAAAUGUUCUUCGAAAAAUAUCCUGCUGCUAUUUUAGAACAUCAAAUUCAAGUGAGGCCAUUUAAUGCCGAAAAAACUCGUAAUAUGCGUUUAUUGAAUCCAGAAGAUAUAGAUCAAUUAAUAAGUAUUUCUGGUAUGGUUAUCAGAACAUCAAAUUUAAUGCCUGAAAUGCGUGAAGCAUUUUUCAAAUGUAUAAUAUGUGGGUUUUUUACAACUGUCGAAAUUGAUCGAGGCCGCAUUGCAGAGCCUACACUUUGUUCCAAUUGUAACACAAAUCAUUGUUUUCAAUUAAUUCAUAAUAGAUCGCAAUUCACCGACAAACAAUUGAUAAAAUUACAAGAAUCGCCAGAUGAUAUGGCUGCUGGACAAGCUCCUCAUAAUGUUCUUUUAUUUGCGCAUAAUGAUUUAGUUGAUAAAGUACAACCUGGUGAUCGUGUCACUGUAACUGGAAUUUAUAGAGCUAUACCUAUUCAAGAAAAUCCGAGAGCACGUAAUGUCAAAAGUGUUUACAAAACCCAUGUUGAUGUUGUACAUUUUAGAAAAGUUGACAGCAAACGCUUAUACGAAGAAGAAGAUGGAAAAGAUCAUAUUUUCCCUCCAGAGCGAAUUGAAUUAUUACGAACACUUUCACAAAAACCUGAUGUUUAUGAUCGCUUGGCUAGAGCUCUAGCACCUUCUAUUUAUGAAAAUACUGACAUAAAGAAAGGAAUUUUAUUGCAACUUUUUGGGGGAACCAAAAAGAAACAUACAACAUUAGGUCGCCAAAAUUUCCGAUCAGAGCUUCAUAUUUUGUUGUGUGGAGAUCCUGGUACCUCUAAAUCUCAACUUUUACAAUACGUAUUUAACUUAGUUCCCAGAUCUCAGUAUACUUCUGGAAAAGGCUCUUCUGCUGUAGGCUUAACUGCUUAUGUAACCAAAGAUACAGAAACUCGUCAACUAGUUUUACAAACAGGAGCACUUGUAUUAGCUGACAAUGGUAUAUGCUGUAUUGAUGAAUUCGAUAAAAUGAAUGAUUCCACUCGAAGUGUUCUACAUGAAGUUAUGGAGCAGCAAACUUUAAGUAUCGCUAAAGCGGGUAUUAUAUGUCAAUUGAAUGCUCGAACAUCAAUUUUAGCAGCAGCAAACCCAUCUGAAUCACAGUGGAAUAAAAACAAAAAUAUAAUUGACAAUGUGCAGUUGCCUCAUACCCUUCUCUCAAGAUUUGAUUUAAUUUUUCUGGUACUAGAUCCUCAAGAUGAGGUAUUUGAUAGAAGGCUUGCUACACAUUUAGUAUCACUGUAUUAUGUUUCAAGAGCUGAAGAAGAAGACACAUUAUUUGAUAUGAGCGUAUUACGAGAUUACAUUGCAUAUGCACGGGAGCAUAUCCAUCCAACAUUAUCAGAAGAAGCACAACAACGUUUAAUUCAAGCUUAUGUUGAUAUGAGAAAAGUUGGUGCAGGUCGUGGACAAAUAUCAGCUUAUCCACGUCAAUUGGAAAGUUUAAUUCGAUUAUCAGAAGCACAUGCUAAAGUCCGUUUAGAUGAUACAGUAAAAGUUGAAGAUGUUGAAGAGGCAUGGCGUUUACAUCGUGAAGCCUUAAAACAAUCUGCAACUGAUCCAUUAUCUGGUAAAAUAGAUGUUGGUAUUUUGACAACUGGUUUAUCGACGGCAGCUAGGAAAAAACGAGCUGAGUUAAUAGUCGCAAUUAAAGAUCUAUUAAAGAAGAAAGGCAACAUUCCAACAAUUCCAUAUCAAAAAUUAUUUACCGAAAUAAAAGAAAACUCACAAGUUUUAGUUACAAAAGAACAAUUUGAAGAUGCUCUAAAAGAUAUGCAAGAUGAAGGUGUUGUAGUAGUUUUAAGCAAGAAUACAAUUAAAAUAUGUUAAUACUAAUUAACUUCUAUUUAAUUUAAUGUUCUAGUUUUAAAUUUGAAUUAUUUUUAUUUUUUAUUUUUUGAAAAAUAUACAUAAUGUAUGUGUGUACUCACUUUAUUCGAAAAACCC